UUGAAUUGAUUUUGACUGCGACUGCGAGGAAGAUGAAUUGAUGAUAGAUAGGAAGGACAGGGCGACUUUAGAGCUCCCUUAGCUUUUCAUUUCAGGUUAGCAGCCUUGUACACGCUAGUAAGAAAUUUGUAUAUCUUGUUUCUUUCAGGUUAGCUUCAAUUUGUCUACCAUUUAUUAGAAAAUAGCAACCAUAAUAUUGACAAUUUGCCUUUUUUUUUCUCUAUGGGAGGGUAAAGAGCUCCCCCCAACUAGGAAAGACUUGGCCAUAAAAUGGGGUCCCCGACUCCAUUGAAGAGACAAACAUUAAUUUGAUGUCUCUUCUCUGCAACUCUCGCGUAUAGAAGAUGCAGUUUACCACUUUUACAUGGGCAUCUGGUAAGCUCUUAAGUACUUUCCCAUAACUCUGUUUAUUUUUUAAGAUCGACAUCGUUCUUCAAUGGCGUCCAAACUCGUCACCCUCCUCUUCUUCUUCUUCCUCCUCCUCCUCUUCUUUCUCCCUCUCAAAUCACACAGUACUUCAACGGCACAAUCUUGGGUCAAAGGUGGUUACUUUUAUUCAGGUGGUGAAACCGUCGUUUCCGAUAUUAACUCCAAGCUUUUCACCCACCUAAUAUGCGCUUUCGCUUAUGUAAACUCCUCUACCUACCACCUCUCCAUCAACUCCUCCACUGAACAACAAUUCUCUACCUUCACCGAGACUGUAAAGCGGAAGAACCCCUCCAUUACAACGCUUUUGUCCAUAUGGGUUGGCAGAGGAGACUCUUCAACCUUCUUUUCAAUGAUAAACCAGUCGUCUUACAGAAAUUCUUUUAUUCAAUCUUCAAUAAGAACAGCUAGGCUUUAUGGGUUUCAUGGCCUAGACCUUUGUGGGGUUCUGCCAAGCAAAACCUCCAACAUGACCAACUUAGCUACCCUUUUGAAGGAGUGGCGAGAUGCUGUGGAUUCUGAGGCAAGCAAUCCUCUGCUCCUGGUCAUGGCCGCCCAUUACUUGCCAGCUUUGGGUUCAGAGAGUUACCCAAUGGAGUCGAUGCAGAGGAACUUGGAUUGGGUACAUGUUAAUGCGUACGAUUACUAUGUGCCUGGAAGAGACAAUCUCACGCACUUUCAUGCCGCAUUGCGCGGCCAGCUUAACGGGGCUAAUACUAUUGAUGGUAUAAGAGAGUGGAAGAGAAGAGGUUUUCUGGCUAGCAACUUGGUUUUGGGCUUGCCUUUCCAUGGCUAUGCGUGGACGCUGGUGGACCCCCGCAACAAUGCAAUGGGUGCGCCGUCCACGGCUCCGGCUGUUACAAUGGACGGUGCCAUGGGCUAUAAGUUGAUAAAAUCCUACAUUAGAAGCUUUGGUUAUGGAGCGGCUUCUGUGUACAAUGCUACUUAUGUGGUCAAUUCCUACACAAUUGGGCCGAUUUGGAUCAAUUACGACGAUGUGGAGGCCAUUAGAGCUAAAGUUUCUUAUGCAAAGCAGAACGGGCUACUUGGUUACAAUGUGUUUCAAAUCGGCAAUGAUGACAAUUGGGUGCUCUCUACAGCAGCUCAAGAGGAAGGUGAAGAUCAACAUAAGAAGAGGCAUUUGUUGUUAAUAAUUCUGCCUACAACUCUUGCAGUCUUGCUUAUACUAGGCACCGUGAUAUGUUACCUGCGGCGGAAAAUGAUCAAGUCAAGAGGUUUUGCAGAAAGCGUCAACAGAUUAUUAUAUAAAGUGAAAAUCAAACUUUCAGCUUCUGAAGAUCUUAAUAGCAAUGCUUCUAAUCUGCAAGAAUUCAGUUAUACUACCAUUAAAGCAGCUACACAAAACUUUUUGAGCGAGAAUAAGGUCGGAGAAGGAGGAUAUGGACCUGUUUACAAGGGUAAUUUACUGAAGGGGCAGGAGAUAGCAGUAAAAAGACUUUCAAGAACUUCAAAACAAGGCCUUGAAGAGUUCAAAAAUGAGGUCACACUUACCGCAAGACUACAACAUGUCAAUCUAGUGAGAGUUUUAGGGUAUUGCACCGAGAGGGACGAAAAUAUGCUGAUUUAUGAAUACAUGGCAAACAAAAGCUUGGCUCUCCACCUUUUUGAUCCAACACAACAGUUUCUUUUAGAUUGGACAAAACGUGUUCGCAUCAUUGAAGGCAUUACUCAAGGGCUUCUAUAUCUCCACGAAUAUUCAAUUUUUACUAUAGUUCACAGAGAUUUAAAAGCUAGUAACAUACUACUAGACAGUGAGAUGAACCCAAAGAUAUCAGAUUUUGGGAUAGCUAGAAUUUUUAGGAAGGAUGAGCAUGAAGCAAACACAGGCCGGAUUGUUGGAACAUAUGGCUAUGUUCCUCCCGAAUAUGUAAGAAAAGGUAUAUACUCAAUGAAAUACGACGUUUAUAGCUAUGGAGUUCUGCUUUUGCAAAUUAUAAGCGGCAAGAGGACUGCACGUUAUUAUGGGACACAUGAAGAUUUGAACCUUUUAGAAUAUGCAUAUGAGUUGUGGAAAGAGGGCAAAGGGUUGGAGUUUCUCGAUCCAUCACUGGAUGAUUUCUCUUCUGCUUGUAAACUCUUAAGAUGCAUGCAGGUGGCUCUUUUAUGCGUCCAAGAAAACCCUGUUGAUAGACCUUCUAUGUUAGAGGUUUCUUCAAUGCUCAAGAAUGAAAAUGGAGUCAUCAACACUCCUAAAACGCCUGCUUUUUCACUUAAAAGAGAUGAAAAUGAGGAAGAAAAUUGUCUGUUGCAGGAAAUUUGUUGUUCAGUCGAUGAUGCAACAAUUUCCCAACUGGUACCCCGAUGAUACUGAUCAUGCAGUUGUGGAAAAAUAUGAAAGAAAUUAUGUAUUGCUUUAGUUUUGCCAUAUAUGUAUUGUAGUUGUUCAUUA